CAGCCGGUCCUCCAACAGCGUCUUCAUCAUCACCAUGACGCUCCUGAUAGUGUGCAUGACACUCUGCAGCAGCCUCUUGGCGCUGAGCAGAGCCGGUCCCAUCAUGAACUCCACCAUGCGCACGGGCCACUGCGAGUACAUGAAGGACAUGGACCCAUACACCCAAGGAGCCUUCGUCCCCCAGUGCGACUCUGAGGGGAAUUACGUCCCUCAGCAGUGCUGCUCUAUAACCGGGUACUGCUGGUGCGUCAACGUCAUCACGGGAAGGAGAUAUCCAACACCAGGGCAGUGCCGGGGAUUAUCCGUUCGACUGUGGUAAGGACUACUACUGUCCGUACUACUGUCCCAUUACGGCUCGCGGUGCUUCGUCUUCAUCAACUCCCCAAAGUCCUGGGUGGAAGCCGAGAGUUACUGUAACUUUGAAGGGGGGAACCUGGCAUCAGUCCACAGUGAGAAGGAGAACCACUUCAUCCAGUCGUUGACCAGAGGGUACACCCACGACUUCCCUGAAACCUGGCUCGGGGCCAAGAUGCC